CAGUCGGAUCCCGUUCGUCGUGUAAUGGUGCUAUGGUGUCGCUCGUGUGGCGCCGAGCAACCAAGCCAGAACAUUUGCGUGUACCGGGAUGAUCUGCUCACGAUCACCAAAGAGAAGGCCGGGGUCACCCAGGAUUUAUACACAGAUCCAACACUUCCGCAUUGCAAUAUUGAAUGCCCAGCGUGCCAACACCAUGAUGCCGUCUUCUACCAAGAUCAAUCGAAACGGACAGAAACGCGGAUGAUCCUCUUUUACGUCUGUACACAUUGCGGCACCAACUUUGUCGACCCGGCAGUGAGUACUCCUCAGAUCCUCCUCCCACUCUGCACUAUCCCAAAUUGGGGGCAAUUUGCUUACUCGUCGCUAUCAUCUCUUUCCUAA